AUGUUGACUGAUAUGAUUGUUGCACAAACUGUAUACGCGUUGAAAUCUUGUUCAAUACAAAACAAUGAACAUUUACGAUCCAGUCCUGCAUGUCUUGUCGUAUCAACAAUUAUUCGACGAAUGCCGGUAGAAAGUUCAUCUAUUUAUCAAGUGUAUCGUCUAACACCGUUACCAGUAUUCUUUAAAGGAGAAAAAUAUGUCUAUUCUGAUUUGCCGGUGAUUGUUGGUUUUAAUAAUAUUAAUAAAAAAGUUAUACUAUGGAACGAUGACAACUUGUUGAACACUUGUGCUUUCUCUAAAAUCGUUCAAUGUCAUAAUUAUCCUGUUAGCAUUCCAUUAUCUACUUUACCAUGUCUCAACGAGUUAUUUGAUAACAGACCCUUAUCUAUGAGCACGUGUCAAGUGAGAAGAUCAAACAAUGUCCAGCCCAAUAUUCUGAAUAUCAAGAACAACAUAUGGUUUGCCUAUCCUAGCAGCGAGCCUUUUGAAUGUGAAUCACAAUCAUUAUCAAGUCCAAUGUCUGAUAUUAUAUCAAUUAAUGAACCAAUGAUUGUAACAUUACCAUGUGAUAGACCAGUACAAUGCUCAAACAUCCUAUUACCGUCAACUGCAUGUGUUAAUACUACUGUUACACUAACUGGCAAAAUCAAUAAUACUUUAAAUUAA